CUGCCACAAUGGGGAAUUCCUUUUCUUUGGAAAAGCAGUCCGAAGAUGAAGAGCCUGUUCAGGGAACUGCAUAUUCUCAGGUUUCAUCAGAACCUCCUGACAACCUUAAGAAUGGACCAGUCAUAAUCCAGCCUGGACAGUCCAAUCCUUUGGCAAAUGGUGACGCAGUGGAUGCAAGAGUGAGUGUUGUCCAGGAUAAUGUGGCUGUUUCUUCCCAGAAGACAAUGGAGAUCAGCUCCGUCUCUGAGGCCGAUGGAAAGAAUCUUGGGACGGAGGCCAAGCCUGCCCCGCCAGCUGCCAAAUCUCGUUUCGUCUUUGCAUUUUCACGGCCCGUACCAGGACGUACCGAAGAGCAGGCGAGAGAUUCAUCCGUUGGAUCGGCUCAACUUGAUGUCAGCUCAGAAGCACCCCAAGCGAACAAAGCGCCGAGUGAGACUGUGGGCCUUCCUGGCGCAGCUGCGCCAGAGGAAGUGUCAAAUAAAAAGCUAAGCGAGGCAUCUGUCGGUGAAACUGCAUUCACUGCACCAGCUGAAGCAGAGGGUGAUGCUGCAGUGCCCAAGCCCAAAGAGUUAACCUUUUUCGACCGACUCUUCAGACUGGACAAAGACAAGAACAAAGGACAAGAACAGAGCUCAGAGGAAGUGCAGGCAGAAAACCCAGGUCUACUCAUCACCGCAGAAGCAGCACCAGGAUUACAAAGCACCCCAGAUAAUAUCCAGCAGCAAAAGGACGGAAUAGAUGAAAGCCAACCAAACCCUCCGCAGCAAGAUUUGGUGGAAGUCAGUUCCUUGGCCUCUGUGGAUCUUGCCCAAGACGAGGUAAAACCGGAGGACGAGAAAGCUGCUGGAACAGACUUUAACAAUUCCGUCAUGAGUUUCUUCAAAACGCUGGUUUCUCCAAGCAAAUCAGAAACCAAGGGUGACUCUGAGGAUAAGGAAUCUCAAACAGGCCAUGGUGGGCAGCUUGCGGAGAAGACGGCCACCGAUUCACCCGGGAAAAGCCCCAAGAAAAAGAAAGCAGACAGUCCCCGAUUAGGACACAGUACAUUUAGCAAACUGUUUAGGCAUAAGGUAAAGAAAGAUGCCCAGCAAACAGCAAAUACCAAAAUUGAUGAACAGCCAGUAACCACCACAGCGACUGUGAAAUCAGAAAUAUACAUUCCUGCACCACAGGAAAGUCCAGCAACAAAGCAGAGCAUAAAAGCCCCUGAACCUCCAGUACAACAGCCAGCAGCAACAACGGCCACAGCAACAGUGGUGGUCAGCAAUGAAAGUCCGAAAGAGCUGACGAAAGAGAGAUCUUAUUCUACUCCCACACCCUUGAGUAAAUUCUUUCGGAAAAAGACUCCAACAGAUGACAUAGAGGUGAUAAACACAGAGAGAAUUGAAGCCUCGCCUGAGGUACCAGCUAAAGAUACAACCGGAAACCAGGAAACAGCAGAAACAAAAUCUAAAGAGGAGAAGCCUUCCAAAACAAAUCUGAGGAAAUUCUUCAAAUUGACACUGGACUUCACAGACAGGUCCUUGACCGAGAACAGAAACGCUGCAGGCGACAGCAGUCAAAGGAGCUCGACGGAGACGCUGGACAAGCAGGAAGAAAACCCACAGGAGGCCAAAGAAGAGCAACAGGAUCCCGGGGAGCAAGAAACAGCCACAACUGCCUCCCUUCAGAAUGGGGGGGAUGCUGCCAAGGAGAACACACCCAAGAGGCUAGAGAAGCGACAGUCAUUCGGAGGGUUUUUUAAGGGCCUUAGCCCCAAGCGGAUGUCGGAUGCUCAGGUCCAAACAGAUCCGGUGUCUAUCAUGCCUUAUGUCAAACCCAAGUAAGGAAGAGUUUGAAACAGUUGGGAAAAAAUUGGAUUAUCAACUUUAUUUACCCCCUUACAGUUACAAAAAUGAAUGACUUCUUUGGGUCCAUUCUUCCCUGUCCCCUUCUGCUUUACAUGGACAUUGCCAAAUGAGUGCGGCUAUGCUCAAGGCAAAGAGUGAUGCACGUUUUGAAAUUGUUUCAUUUCUCAAAGUAUAGAACAUCAGCACAACCUAUAGAGAUACUAUGGGAAACAGCCAAAGAGAGGUUUGUGACUAGGGUUGAUAAUUGGCUAACUAGGAAAGACAAGCCAAAAGGAAUGAGGAAACAACUACUAAAGUCCUGGCAUAAAAUCCAUUUUUGUU